GUAUCUUACCACUUCCUCGAACUUGCUUUUGCGAAUAAAAACUCGCACAUUUUUGUUUGCUGUCUUAGUCUCUAUAUCAACCCCCCAAAUCCUUUUUUUUUUAUCCCCAAAACAUAUAAGAGAUGGAUACAAAAGUCUUGUCCUCCGGAAUCCGAUACACAAACCUGCCGGAAAGUUAUGUUAGACCGGAAUCAGAGAGGCCCCGCUUGUCUGAAGUCUCAGUCUGCGAAAACAUUCCGGUAAUUGACUUGGAUUCUCAGGACAGAGCUCAAACUGUUCAGCAAAUUGGCGAUGCGUGCAAGUACUAUGGCUUUUUCCAGGUAAUCAAUCAUGGAGUUUCAAUGGAAGCAGUGGAAAAAAUGUUAGGGGUUGCCAACGAGUUCUUCGAGCUCUCUCUGGAGGAAAAGAUGAAGCUGUACUCAGAUGAUCCGUCGAAAACGAUGAGACUUUCUACCAGUUUUAAUGUGAAAAAGGAGACGGUUCAUAAUUGGAGAGACUAUCUUCGGCUCCACUGUCAUCCUCUUGAUAAGUACGCUCCUGAGUGGCCCUCCAAUCCUCCUACCUUCAAGGACAUUGUGAGCGGCUACUGUAAAGAAGUUCGAGAACUUGGGUACAGAUUAGAGGAGUUAAUAUCAGAGAGCUUGGGCCUGGAGAAGCAUUACAUAAAGAACAUAAUGGGUGAGCAAGGGCAACACAUGGCUGUGAACUUUUACCCACCAUGUCCUGAACCAGAGCUCACUUAUGGGCUGCCGGGACACACUGACCCAAAUGCACUAACCAUUCUGCUCCAAGACCUCGGCGUUUGUGGGCUUCAAGUGCUCAAAGACGGCAAAUGGGUUGCUGUCAAUCCCCACCCGAAUGCCUUCGUCAUUAACAUCGGUGACCAGUUACAGGCUCUAAGUAAUGGGAUUUACAAGAGUGUGUGGCACCGUGCCAUUACAAACACUGAUAAGGCAAGGCUUUCGGUAGCCUCAUUUCUGUGUCCACAGGACGAUGCACUGAUUAGCCCGGCAAAGACUCUUACAGAGGAUGGAUCUGCACCUGUUUAUCGGGGCUACACUUACACCGAGUAUUACAAGAAGUUUUGGACUAGGAACUUGGACCAAGAGCAUUGUUUGGAACUCUUCAAGAACCAGUAGCUAGCUGCAGCUGGACACGCAUGUCUCAUUACGAUCAUCAUUAAUGUGUCUUAGCCUCUUCAAGUUUCCCUUGCUGUCCAAGUCUUUUUUUCUUGUUGCGGAUCUGAUUAGGGCUCAGCGUGACAUGGAGGAGUGCUAGUGUGAUUUGGUGGAAUGAUGGAUCAAUGAUGGCAGUGCUUCAUGUGUUUGGGUUGUUGAGUGCAACAUGCCGAGCCACAGGGCUAGAACUACUGUUUAGAAGUACUAUAAUCUCUUAUGUUAUAUCUAUAUGUUCAAUAAUUUCCUGUAUCCAAUUGUUGUUUUUCUUGGUCGAACUUGAACUUACCGCCAUUGCUUUUGUGUUCAACAAGAACAAAGAGUUUAACCCUUUGAUCAUUAGGGUUCUGAAUAAAAAUGUGGAUGUCUAGCUUUCUUAUUUUGUUGA